CUGUCAAUCGUCUUGAUGGUGCAGUGCGGUAUCAUUCUACCAUUGGAAUACGAGGCUAAGCUACAAGCUCGCGAUAAGCUGACACCACUUACCAGCAGCAAACUCUUUGACCGUUUAUUUCCUUUUGCGGUGUGUCUUUUAAUAGCCGAAGACCGUUUGUGCUGAUGGGAUGUGCGGCACUGCAUGAGACUGAGUCGAAAAAUUUGAUCAAGUCGACCACAUCACUUGGGGUUGGUCUGCCCCUUGACAUGUUCAAUGCUCCCGGUUUAUUAAGAAACUAGGUGGAAAGGUAUCGAAAGUCAUCGAUUUCCACAGCAGUUUUAGACGUGAGCAAUGUUUCGGCGUAAAUCCAAUAGAAAGACGAUGAAGCUUCGCCAGCCCCUAGAACGAAACAUCUUGUUGUGGGUGCUGCUUCUCAAUGCGGGCUUUAGCAAAGCAUAUAAAGAACCUUCCCGACGUGCCGAAGUAACGACCCACAACAUAACAAUGAGGGCGGAUGUCGUGCAACUCAAUUUUGGUUUCCGUGACGACGGAACUCUCAGAAUUUUUAGGGCAGCAAUUGAUGAGACCAUCAGGAUGGCGUACACGUUACGCUACUGUGACAAAUCAAAGCCUAGGAACUUACAAUUUUGCGGUCACCUAAACGUAGAACAAAACAACCAUACUGCGAUUAGCGAUUUGUGGAUGCCGUCUACUUUAUAUAGUAUUGAGCUGUGUCCUCGACUUCUCAUUGGUUUUAAAGAAAUCACAAGAAAGCCUUUGACCAAGGGCGUUCUUCGCGGCGUACGAUGCGAUCGACGAUGCUUCAAUACUGUCGAACCAGCAGCUUCAAAGAGGAUGAACCUAAGCAGGUACGCCCCGUUUAGCGGCAGGUACGCCGAACUCGUACCUCUGCUACCCAAUUUUGGUAAUAAGUGUCCGGACUACCCGAUGUACCCUUUGCAAAUUCGAGUAGAGUAUGUCACUGGUUUCGGUGCCAGAGGUCAUCUGACUUUUAAGGAUGCUCGCCUCAAAAAGUUCCAGUUGAUCGUACCAAUGAUGGGUGACGCAUUACCUGCAAUUCAGAUGGAUGGCUACGUUAGAUGCGGGCGACAGUCUCGUUUCGCCAUCUUCGGAAAAGAACUUCGCUCGAAGAGUGAAAUAGAAAGAGAUCCUCCUUCUCUAUUCGUGGAGCACCUACUAAAUGCCAUUAGUGGCAGUCGCGAGUAUAGAGCAAUUGUGGAACCAUCAAUUUUCCGACGCAUACGAAUGGACCAGAUCUUUACUGAGGGGAAAAGUAAAGACUUAUUCUUGCCGCUAGUAACUGUAGCCGGUUUGACAAAUUUUGAUUACAACUGGCUCGACGUUAAGGACUAUCGUAUCUCUAAAAAAAUACUGCUCACCUUCAAAAUCAAGGUCCGUGAAUCGACCAUACACAGUGAUUGGGAACAUGCUACGUUUAACGGAACAGCCGUAUUUAAGUUAACGCUUUAUUUCGAGAUUGUUGUAGAGGUACGAUUCAAUAAAACAUCUAGUAGAUCGAACUGA